CACAUCCAUUCAACACCAGCGUUGACAGCUCCACUACCGUUUGGAAAUGUUGAAGAACAAUUUGGCAGUCUGGACUUAAUUGCUGCAUCAAAUGAUUCCAAGCUUUCUGUUUUAAAAACAAUUUUUGGACAUGACAGUUUUAGAGGAAAACAAGUGGAGGCCAUAAAUGCAAUAUUGGAGGGGAAAAAUUGCUUGAUUGUAAUGCCCACUGGUGGGGGGAAAUCAGUGUGCUAUUCAGUACCAGCAAUUGUUUCUGGUGGUGUUACUGUUGUCAUCUGUCCAUUGUUGUCACUGUUGAUGGACCAAGUAAAUAUGCUACGAUCAAAAGAACUUAAUGUAUGUUACUUAAACUCAUCAGUCCCACAAAGUGAUCGAGAUGUUAUUGUACAUAAUAUGUUGUCAGAGGCACCAGACUACAACUUUGUCUUCCUGACACCAGAAACUGCAACAUCAUCAGAUAUUGUAGAUGUAUUGUCAAAGAUGAAAUCAAAUGGUACUUUAACUUACAUAGUCAUUGAUGAGUGUCAUUGUAUUGACAUGUGGGGAUUUGAUUUUAGACCAGCAUAUGGCAAUCUUGGUAUGCUUGCAAGUUUAAACUGUCAAGUUAUUGCUUUGACAGCAACUUGUACUCCAAGGACAGAAGAAAUAAUACUGUCAUCACUUAAUCUCACCAGUGCUACAACAAUAAGACAAACAUGUGAUAGACGAAACAUUUCACUUAUUGUUAAGCCAAAAAAAGGUGAUGAGAAAGAGCAGGCUACCAAUAUGAUCGUUAAUGAACAUAACGGUCAAUGUGGCAUUGUGUAUUGUACAGAAAGAGCAACUACACUGGACAUUAGCUAUUGUUUGCAAACAAAAGGUGUAAAUGCAACAUAUUUCAAUGGUGCCCUUGAUCCUUAUAAGAAGAAGGCAAAGGUUUCUUACUUAUAA